UGUUCCUGUUUCUGGCACCAUUUCUCUGAAGACUCCAAAGAACUGACAACUCUGAACCACAAACACACACACAAACAGUUAUUUGACUCAGCUUCAGAGGAAAUCUACAGAAGACCUAACGUCAGAAUGCCUCAUCCUGUUGGUGAAUUUAGUGCUAUCCUCUCCUGGUGAUAACUGCAGAUUGUUUGACUUCCUCACUGUCUACUCUUCCAACAUGGACUUUGUCUUGGUUUACCCACUGAUACUUGCCUUCUUUUCCGGUGGACACAGUUACACUAAGGUGACAGAACAAACCAGUAAUUCAUGUUAUAAAUCUUGCCCAGCUGGAUAUCAUAAAACUGGUAACUGUGAUAACCAAGAUGGAAAAUACAAAUGUAAAGAAUGUGAGAAUAACACAUUCACAGAUAUGGAAAACAAAAUAGAGAAAUGCUUCAGGUGUGACGUAUGUAAUCGUAAUGAGGUAAUGAUAAAGCCCUGCUCCAUCACUAGUAAUACGAAAUGUGAUUGUAUACCAGGAUACUACAAUGCACACCGUGAUCAAUCGUCAAGGUUCUGCGUGAAAUGCCCAUGUCAAAAUUGUCAAGAGCCUCUUGAUAGUCCUGACUUUAAAAAGAAGUGCCAGCCCUGCCAAAGGACGGAGUGUCUGAGUAACUCAGAAUGCAAGAGGAAAUGUACACCAACUACAGUUCCACCUCCAAAAUCUACAACUAAAUCAACUACACAUGUGACCACUCGUUCAAACAGUACAUUGAAUCCUGUUGUGAUUACACUUGGACCUGAGACAUUGAAGAAUUCGCUCUGGCGGUUUCUUGUGGUUAUGCUGAUAUUUGUGGUGCUCUUUUGUUUCGUGCUGCUCUUCAUCUGGACACACCGAAAAAGCUGUCCCUACUGGAGCACAAAUAAAGGCGUGAAGCCACAUGCCAAGGACCCCAAACUCAAAGAACAUCGCAGUCAUCAAGACAGCAGCCCGACCACGCUGACAAUUAACAUAUCUGAGGAAACUCCCAUGAUGCAUCUCAAUUACAGUCCAGCCACACCACAACAUCCAGCCAACAUCAGUCCUAACACUCUACACAAAGGUGAAGAGAGAAAAACAGACGCUAGAGCCAGCUGCCUGAUCAUGAGUGCCCUGGUUCAACCUGGAGUCAAAGUUUCAGAGCUGUGUGAGGAUGGAGACAAGCUUCUUGAGGCCGGAGAGCUGGGGAGGGCUACCUCCCUCUACAUGUCUGCCUUCAGGACUCACGCCACCUCCACCGUGUCCCACAUGCGGAAAUUGGAAAAGUCCAGCCUGAUUGGGGUGAUCUCUACUCUAGAAGGUUGGCUUGACAGUCAUGGGGAGAACCAGCCUGCUGAAGGUUUUAAUAAAGGUCUGGCCGCUGUGUUUCUGUCCACACUCUGCCCCAACAAUCUGACAGCAACCGUUUUCAAAAUGGAGUCUCUUCUUCAGAGUGGCGGGCAUGGCUGCGAGGAGAUUUUUGCUCGAUGCACUGCUCUGCUUGAAGGGAAGAGAAACCCUCCUCCAGAAGGUUUCUCUCGCAUGGUGUUGGAGAUAACUCGUGCUCUGUCCUGCUUGUUUGCAGAGCCCCACACUAUUAAAGGCCUGAAGCUUUACCUUAAAGCUUACCAGAAAAACAAAUCUGAAAUUGUCACGCUGGUGAAGACCAGACAGGCUCAGCACCUAUCAAAAAUAGUGAAGGCCUUAACUGUCCAAAUAAUGCACAUGCAUCCUUCUCUGAUGUUUGACAGUGAGUGGGCAGUGACAACAAAGGAGAAUGAUAAGCUUAGUGUAGAGGCUACUGCUUUAAUGAUGGAGUUUUUGUUGGCUAUCUCACCCGGUAAUAGAAAAGUACAGGAACUUCAAGCAGUGCAUAUGUUUUUGACAGGCAGGUUUGGGGACAGUGCAGAAGUGUACUCUGCUCUCUUACAUCAUGGUCAUUGUCAGAAAAUGUCAGAGAGUAGUACUGACAAGUCAUUCCAAGACAGUCCUGAGAGGAGAGCUUGGCUCUUAACCGGGCGAGCAGCUGCCUGCUUCUCAGCAGGUGGACGGACUGCAGAGGCAUGUGGGGAUCUGGGAGAGGCAUUUGAGAUCCACCCUGCCACUGCCAGAAUUUAUUUCCAAAAGCUCUUCACAGAUCAUGGUACAGGGGUGGCUGCUCGCAACCAUCUCCGUCAGCAGGCAGAGAGGGGCCUGUAUGGUUACAGAGAGAGGGUUCUCCUCCGUCCAGACCUGCGUUCCACAGAAGGAGUUGAGCUGUUGGACCCUGUGAUCACUCAGUUACGGACCCUGUGCCUUUUAGAGCCUGACGGGGGAGGCAGAGAGCUGCGGGUACGACUGGCUGACUGUCUUCUCCUCAGAGGGGAACACAAAGAGGCCCUCUCUAUCUGUAGCCAGCUAGCUGCCACCCAAAGUCAGCAGAGCUAUCAAAACACAGUGCAGGUUCUUCGUGGAUAUGCAAGACUUCUCUCUGACGACCACAAGGGGGCAUUAGAAGACUUCCAGGCUGUGAUUGAACACAAUGCCCCUCAUCCCUCCAGCUGUGUGCGGGCGCUGUGUGGCAGGGGGCUCCUGCGCAUGAUGGGCUGCAUCCUCAGGAAGCAGCACUGA